CCUCAGGCUACACUCAGUAUUCUCUCCAAGAGACACUGUCCCAGGACGAGUUUAAGUAGAGAAAGCCAGGCAGGGAUGAAGUUUUCACCAGCUCCACUCCCUAAAUCCUUGUUGGACAUGGAUGAAGCCAAUUACUGUGAGGGCCUUGACCCUACCUAUAUCACACUGGGCUUUGAGAAUGCAGAGGUGCUUUAUUCUGGGGAAACCAUGCCGACAGAGCCAAGCAUCAGUCAAGGAGAUAACGCCUUGAACUCCAACUGCGCAAUCUGUGGCGACAAAGCCACAGGUAAACAUUAUGGUGCUUCCAGCUGUGAUGGCUGCAAAGGCUUCUUCCGUAGGAGCAUCAGGAAGAGCCAUGUCUACUCCUGCAGGUUCAGUCGCCAGUGUGUUGUUGACAAAGAUAAAAGGAACCAGUGCCGUUUUUGCAGACUUCACAAAUGCUUUCGAGCUGGAAUGAAGAAAGAAGCUGUGCAGAAUGAGCGAGAUCGUAUCAGUUCGAGAAGGAACAUGCAAGAUUCACAUGAUCUGCCGCCUAUCACUGCUCUCGCUCAUGCAGAAGCUCUCUCACAACAGCAGAUCAACGCUACCAGCCCAAUGGACCCUGCUGAUGUUUCAGAGAAAAAAUCAGCCACUAUCAGUGACGUCUGUGAGUCUAUGAAGCAACAGCUGCUUGUUCUGGUAGAGUGGGCUAAAUACAUCCCAGCCUUCGGCGAAUUGCCACUUGAUGACCAGGUUAGUUUAUUAAGAGCACAUGCUGGGGAACAUCUUCUACUUGGUGUUGCUAAGAGGUCAAUAGCAUACAAAGACAUCCUGCUUCUAGGUAAUGGGUGUGCUAUACAUCGAAGCUGCCCUGAGCCAGAGAUAGGUCGGGUGGCUAACCGUGUCUUGGAUGAACUGGUUUUACCCUUUCAAGACAUCCAAAUUGACGACAAUGAAUAUGCAGCUCUAAAGGCCAUUGUGUUCUUCGACCCUGAUGCGAAAAGCUUAAGAGAUCCCUCUAAAAUAAAGGCAAUGCGCUAUCAGGUUCAAAUGAGCCUGGAAGACUACAUUAAUGACCGGCAAUAUGACUCGCGUGGGCGAUUUGGAGAGCUUUUGCUACUGCUUCCCACUCUGCAAAGCAUCACCUGGCAGAUGAUUGAGCAGCUGCAGUUUAUCAAGCUUUUUGGUCUGGCCAAGAUAGAUAACCUGCUUCAGGAGAUGCUUCUUGGGGGUCUAUCCACAGAACAGCCUCACUUGCAUCACAAUGGUCACCCUCAGGUUCCAUUUACGGGGCAGACCAUAGUCAUUAGCACCAUACCUGUGCCUGGACACUCACAGCAGUUGGCUUGUCCAGAUACCCCCAUUCCAUCUCCCACUCCAGUACAGAACCAGGAGGUCUAUAAGCCCUCCAGAAGCCCAACUCUCCUGCUACCACCACAGCCCAUGCCAAACAGACCCUCUCCUGAGCCUCCCCUAUGAGACUCCAUCAAUCUCUGAAGUGCAGGGUUACUAAAGCCCUGUGUGUUUGUAUAUGUGUAAAUUGCGUGAGCUCCAUCCCUUCUCAUCUCUAGCGCAAUGCGUUUAUCUGCGUGAAAGGGAAUUGUUUGGAUCUUCAUGGUCCACUGAAACUAAUUGCAAAUGGAUUUUCAAAGUGGACUACCACCGACUGAAAAUAAUGUAUUUCACUCAGCAUCUGGAAUGUUAUGUCUGUCAUUGAGGCAAACUUUGAGUGUUCUCAAUGUUUCUCUUUUUAUCAGCCUAUGACUGGUUCCCUAAUAAGUGUAGACAAUAUUAGUUUGUUAAUAAAGUUUUUGUAUAAAUAAAAAUUUAAAAUUUAAUUUAUUAACAAAAUUAUGCAAUACUUUGCAAGGGAUGAAGGGAUGCUAAAUUGUUUUAUGCUUGAAAAUGUGCACUUAAACACAAUAAGUAAAUAAAUACUGAACAUGGUGGGUAUUUUUAUUUUUUAUUUAUGUAUUAAUUUGCUUUGAGUGUUUAAUAAAUUGUUACAUCAUUUAUAUACUGCAAGAUAAAUGUAAAACAACUGUUUUGUUCAGUAGUACAUUACCCAACAGUUUUUCUUUAUCCAAAAAACUAAAAGAGUUCAGUGGUGUGGUGGGAAAAGAUGAGGGUUGGGAAAAGCUGAGGGUCAGAAAGUUGCUGUAUUUAGACCUGCCAGAAGCAACCCAUGAAUUGUCACCAUUGUACCCUUGAGCAAGUCACUUAACCACUGCAAUCCCUACGUGUGUGUGUGUGUGUGUGUGUGUGUGUGUGUGUGUGUGUGUGUGUGUGUGUGUGUGUGUGUGUGUGUGUGUGUGUGUGUGUGUGUGUGUGUGUGUGUGUGUGUGUGUGUGUGUGUGUGUGUGUGUAUUUAUCACUUUGUGGGGACCAAAUGUCCCCAUAAGGAUAGUAAAACCCGAAAUUUUUGACCUUGUGGGGACAUUUUGUCGGUCCCCAUGAGGAAAACAGCUUAUAAAUCAUACUAAAUUAUGUUUUUUGAAAAUGUAAAAAUGCAGAAAGUUUUCUGUGAGGGUUAGGUUUAGGGUUAGGGUUAGGUUUAGGGGAUAGAAUAUAAAGUUUGUACAGUAUAAAAACCAUUAUGUCUAUGGAAAGUCCCCAUAAAACAUGGAAACACAACGUGUGUGUGUGUGUGUGUGUGUAUUUAUCACUUUGUGGGGACCAAAUGUCCCCAUAAGUAUAGUAAAACCCGAAAUUUUGACCUUGUGGGGACAUUUUGUCGCUCCCCAUGAGGAAAACGGCUUAUAAAUCAUACUAAAUUAUGCUUUUUGAAAAUGUAAAAAUGCAGAAAGUUUUCUGUGAGAGUUAGGUUUAGGGGUAGGGGAUAGAAUAUAUAGUUUGUACAGUAUAAAAAACAUUGUGUAUGGAAAGUCCCCAUAAAACAUGGAAACACAACGUGUGUGUGUGUGUGUGUGUGUGUGUGUGUGUGUGUGAUAAGUGUCCACUAAAUGGGUACUUGCUGACUUUCUAACAUAUGCUUAAUUCUUCAUUAAUAAUGCGGGAUAUGCAAAUUUGCUAAUGGUAAGAAGUGAUUUUUGGCUCUUUGACAUUAUACAGAAAUGUAUUUUUUUUAAAACCACUCAGAUUUUGUUUCAUAUACAGUAUAUGAAAAUGUCACAUGCAUUAUAAUCUGAAGGUCACACAUAGCCUGGCAAAUGUCAAUGGACUAUGCAUUCUUGGUGGAACCGUAGAGUUCUUAGAGGUGACAGCUGGACAAAAAUGAAGCAUUUAAAAAAAAAGAACAGUUGGGACAUAUUUUUAUAUGGCUCAAUUUACAACUAUUGUCAGUAAUCUGAAGCAAGCCCUAAUGUAGUCACUGUAAACUCCACGGUGUACAGUGAACAUGAAAGGAUUUUGACAUAUGUUUGAAUAUAAUGCAUUCGAAAACAGUAUGUCAAAGGGGAAUCUGCAAACAAACGAUGCAAGGCCUUUUCUAACUACCUUCACUUUUCUCAGCUAUUUUUGCAAUUACUUUUCACCAACUGGUCCCAAGGUAUGUUUUAGAUUUACAUGAAUAUUCCGAGUUCAAUACAAGUUAAGCUCAAUCGACAGCAUUUGUGGUAUAAUAUUGAUUGUCUUGUCCAUUCUUUUCUUAAGAAAAUUAAUAAAAAAUCAGGGUGUAACAGGAUAUAUGUGUGUGAGGAGGAAGUGGGGACAAUCCACAUAAGCUUUAUUUUAAUCACACAGAUGUCGCUUUUCAGUAUAAAAAGAAAUCAGACUCAAACAAAUAUGUAGAUUGUUUGAUACAUGUGUCAGACUCUCUGUCUCCUCUCCUGUGUCCGGCAUGCCCUCAUUGCAAUGAGAAACAGGUGAUAAAGACAGGGGCGGGUCUACGUGGUGGC